GAUCACAGAAGCACCAGCCUGCAGCACCCUGCUUCUAGAUCAGCUCAGGAGGACUUGCCCCACUUUUCAUCUUUAGUUUGUCAUGAAACUAAAAACAAAAUUUUUUUUGUUGAUGCUGUUGGUGGCAUACACAAAGUGUGCUGUUAUAACUGGGGCGUGCCAGAGGGAUCUGCAGUGUGGAAUUGGGACUUGCUGUGCAAUCAGUCUGUGGUUGCGAGGGCUAAGGAUGUGUACGCCACUGGGGCAAGUAGGAGAAGAGUGUCACCCGUUUAGCCAUAAGGUCCCUUUCUUUGGAAAGAGACUGCACCACACUUGUCCCUGCCUCCCCAGCCUUGUUUGUUCCAAGUUUUUGGAUGGCAGAUUUCGGUGUUCAGUGGAUUUUAAGACAAUGGAUUUAAAGUGAAGGGUGCUCACUGUCCUCUCCUCAUUUCACACAAUAAAAAAAUAACCACAAACAUGUUCAUGCUUUUUGUGACACAAUGAUAAACCAACAGCUUUCAGUAAUUGGGAUUGGUAAAGGAUCUAGAGUUAAAUCUAAUGAAUUGUGUGUUUUAUAGUUCUGAAUCACAUAUUAAAGCCUUGCACAUUAAAAUGCCUCUUUAUCCUGCCCCAUUCAGCAUUUUAAGGUGGUGUAUGCUGUAAGUCAAAUAUUAUAUAUAUUAGUGAGUAUUAAAUCUGCAAGAAUACAUAUAGAA